UCGGGCGCGCGCACAAACAACUACACACAGUCAACUACAAACAGUCAACUACACACUCAACUACAUACAUAGCUAACAGACAGUCACGUAUCCGCAAUAAUGGAAAAGGCAAUGACCGAGUCCUCAACGGACCUUUACGACUAUGAAGAUGAUGUUGAUAGUGGGGAUAAAUCCCCAUUCAAAACAGCAAAUGGACGCUAUUGCUAUGGAGGAAUGAGCAAGUGUGGAUUCUGUGGGCUAAUGGUGUUCAUUGGUUUCGCCGUAUUCAUCGCGAUCAUGGUGCCUGUAAUUUUCAUCUCGAUUGGCAGCAACAUGGCGCAGAGUACAACUGACAACACAGUCAUUGAAAUCACCAAAGCGUCCAUUGUUUGGUGGGGACAAAACUAUAAAGAUACUUGUGGGUCUAAGGGUGAGUGUACGAUGCGCUUAAAGGAAGGCGAAGGUAACGACACCGACACAUGCCAGACAAUAGGAACUCCUACAUGUAACUCGGUACCCACAACCAUCCCCAACCUGUUAAUUAUGAAUCAAACAUUGAGGUUCAGUAACGUCGCUAUUCCUGGUGUAAUUCAAAGUGGACGUUUCGAUAUGUUAUACACCGUCGAGAAUAUGGGCAAUCCUGAGGUAUUACCAGGAACAGAAGGCAUGGUUCUUAUUGGCGACUUAUACGUACCCGAGAUCGAUCUACACGGUCUCGAGGAUGGGGUAGUCACAAUCGAAGACAUUGAGGUGAUUUUGAGAGUACGAGAUCCAUCUUUCUUCUCCACUAUGGCCGCACUGAAAACCGCACCUGGAAUGGGAGGGAUUUGGAAUAUGCAGAGUGGUACCACAAUUGUUGAAGCCAAUCUGCUAGGUACUCUGAUGUACUACAAGGCGACCAUGGCAUCAAUGAUAUAUAAUGCAGAUCUCUGGCAGUGCGACGGUCCCAUGGCCCUAAUGCCGAGCUUCAGCAAGGAGUGCCCUUGCAAUUCCGACUGCAUCGUUUGGGAGCAUUGAAUGCAGUGAUCACACCUCUCACGGUAUAAUAACACGUAUAGCAACAAAGAUAUAUAAGUAUAGAAUUGAAUCUGAAUAGAACCAUAUCAUUAAAUCAAUAACAAACUA